UGUCCUCUGCAGUGGAGUAGACUGACUAUAAAUGUGAUGUUAAUGAUUUGGGAGCCUGUCUGUGACAUCAGUAAUGCUGUGCUAGUCUCGUACUGUCCACACUAGGAAGGUGUGGAGGUAUAUGUCUAUGGUCUGUCCCUUCUGCUUUCUCCCAUGGUAAUUUUGAGCAUUUUUUCGUGACCUGUUAUCUGUUACUUUGAAGUGUCUGCUUAGAGCAACUUCCCUGUGCUGUUUCUUAUAGACUGCUAUGGUUUGGGAAAUUACCCUGUUAGAUUAUAUGUUUGUAUUAUAUAUCAUUAAAUAAUCUGGGUGAGGACAUUGUAGACCAAGAAUUGGUGUAGGGGCUUAGUGACAUCUCCUUUGAACAUAUUUGCUAAUGUUGGAUUUGUUUGGAAAAACUGGGGUGACUGGGUUCAGAACUGUAGGAUUGUUACAGUUUGAUAUCAUACAGUUUUUAAAAGAUAAGGAAGUCACCUAUCCAGUAGUUAUUUGUUGAGUACCUACUGUGUGCCAAGGACUUUUCAAGAAUCUGGUAAUAAGACAAACUCCGUGCCCUCAGGGAUCUUUGUUUCAUUUAAAUCUAGGGAGGUAGACAUUAUUAGAACAAAUAAUAAUUUCAGAUAGCGUUAAGUGCCUUGAAAAAAAAUGAAACAGGGUAAUGGGAUAGAAGAUAACGGGCUGAUUAAGUCAUGAUGCCCCGGAAAGGCCUUUUUAAGGAUAUGUUUGAGCUGACACCUAAAUGAUGAGAUAGAUGGCAUGGGAAAUCUGGGGAAAGAGCUUUCCAGGCAGAGGGAACAGAAAAUGCAAAGGUGCAGUCAUGCAGGAAAACCUCAGAUUUGCUUCAUCAGGAGAUGAUAUUAAAAUAUGGGAUGCUUCUUCUGUGACAUUGGUGGAUAAAUUCAACCCACACACAUCACCAAAUGGAGUCAGCUCAAUGUGUUGGAGCAGCAAUAAUAACUUUCUGGUGACGGCAUCUUCCAGUGGCGACAAAAUAGUUGUUUCAAGUUGCAAGUGUAAACCUGUUCCACUUUUAGAGCUUGCCGAAGGGCAAAAGCAGACAUGUGUCAGUUUAAAUUCCACAUCUAUGUAUUUGGUAAGCGGAGGCCUAAAUAAAACGGUUAAUAUUUGGGAUUUAAAAUCAAAAAGAGUUCAUCGAUCUCUUAAGGAUCAUAAAGAUGAAGUAACGUGUGUAACAUAUAAUUGGAAUGAUUGCUAUGUUGCUUCUGGAUCUCUGAGUGGGGAAAUUAUUUUGCACAGUGUAACCACUAAUUUAUCUAGUACUCCAUUUGGCCAUGGCAAUAACCAGUCUGUUCGACACUUGAAGUACUCCUUAUUUAAGAAAUCGCUACUGGGCAGUGUUUCAGAUAAUGGGAUAGUAACUCUUUGGGAUGUGAACAGUCAGAGUCCAUACCAUAACUUUGAAAGUACACAUAAAGCUCCAGCUUCAGGGAUCUGUUUUUCUCCUGUCAAUGAAUUGCUAUUUGUAACCAUAGGACUGGAUAAAAGAAUCAUUCUUUAUGACACUUCAAGUAAGAAGCUAGUGAAAACUUUAGUGGCCGAUGCCCCUCUGACUGCGGUAGAUUUCAUGCCUGAUGGAGCCACUUUGGCUAUUGGAUCUUCCCGUGGGAAAAUAUAUCAGUAUGACUUAAGGAUGUUGAAAUCACCAGUAAAAACCAUCAGUGCUCACAAGACAUCUGUGCAAUGUAUAGCAUUUCAGUACUCUGUUGUUCUUUCUAAGUCAAGUUUAAAUAAAGGCUGUUCAAAUAAGUCCAUGGCAGUGAACAAACGAACUGUUAAUGUGAGUAGUACCAGUGGAGGAGUUCAGAAUUCUGGAAUUGUCAGAGAAGCAACCACCACUUCUGUUGCCACAGUUCUUCCGCAGCCCAUGACAACAGUUGUGGGGAAAGGAACAGUUGCGGUUCAAGACAAAGCAGGUUUGCCUCGAAACAUAAACACAGAUACUUUAUCUAAGGAAACAGACAGUGGAAAAAAUCAAGAUUUCUCCAGCUUUGAUGAUACUGGGAAAAGUAGUUUAGGUGACAUGUUCUCACCUAUUAGAGAUGAUGCUGUAGUUAACAAGGGAGGCGAAGAUCCCAUAGUCAAAGGAGAUGGGCUCGAUUUUCUACCACAGUUGAACUCAGUUUUUCCUCCAAGAAAAAAUCCAGUCACUUCAGGCACUGCUGUAUUACAUUCUAGUCCUCUUAAUGUCUUUAUGGGAUCUCCAGGGAAGGAAGAAAAUGAAAAUCAUGAUCUGACAGCUGAGUCUAAGAAAAUGUAUCUAGGAAAACAAGAACCUAAAGACUCCUGCAAACAGUUUGCAAAGUUGAUCUCCUCCGGUGCUGAAUCUGGAAAUUUAAAUACCUCUCCAUCAUCUAACCAAGCAAGAAGUCCUGAGAAAUUUGAAAAGCUAGAGAAGGAAAUAGAAACCCAAUUGAUAUAUGAACCCCCUAUCAAUGGAUCCUCUACCCCAAAUCCAAACAUAGCAUCCUCUGUCACUGCUGGAGUUGCCAGUUCACUGUCAGGAAAAAUAGCUGAUACCAUUGGAAAUAAUCGGCCAAAUGCACCAUUGACAUCUGUUCAAAUCCAUUUUAUUCAGAACAUGAUACAGGAAACCCUGGAUGAUUUCAGAGAGGCAUGCCAUCGGGACAUUGUGAAUUUGCAAGUGGAGAUGAUUAAACAGUUCCAUAUGCAGUUGAAUGAGAUGCACUCUUUGCUAGAAAGAUAUUCAGUGAAUGAAGGGUUAGUGGCUGAAAUUGAAAGACUACGAGAAGAAAACAAAAGACUACGUGCUCACUACUGAAAUUUCAGUGGAUACCUUCAUAUUUUGUAAUUUGGGAUGUUUCUGGCAACACAAAACUGCGUGAAGCAGCAUUGUUUUUAUGACUUCUGGAAAAUUUUGUUUUCAUAUAGAAGGGUGAUGAUGGGCUUUCACACGGAUUGCUAUUUCACCUUCUCUGACUAUUAAAAAUAUUUGUAUUUUUAUAUUAGAACCAGUGCACAAUAUGUCAUCUGCCUAAUAGGAAAGUCAACAGGAUCUUUAUUUUCUGAAAGCUUUAGCUAUACACCAAGUGCCCUUUUUCAUAAGAAGAAAAGUGUGCAUAAAAAAAUUGGUUAUAUAUGCUUUCUAAUCACCUUUUUUUUUAACAGAUAUAUUUUUGAUUGACAAAUUGCCUUUCAGAUUUUUUUUGGGUGUAUGAAAAUUAAAGAGUUUGAUAUGUCUUCUAUUUUUAUGGAGAAAGUAAUUUUAAAAUGGCACUUGGAGUUUCUAAGCAAUUGACUAAUAAAACAGGGUCAAUGAGUAAUUGUUUUGUUAACCUGAUGAAGUCAAGUAUGACUAUUAUUUAUUGUACAUUUGACAAGACAAUUUUUGGAAUUUUUAAUCGCACAGAUUGAAUUAUAUCUAUUGCACAUAUGUUAGUGUAUUGUAUUUCUGACAUCUCUUUACUCCUAGUUGAGUAUUUUUUUGUUAAGUUCACUUUACCUAUGAAAAUCCUUUAAGGGCUUUUAAGACUCAACCAGAGCUGCAUAUCUGCUGAUUAUCUCAUAAAUUAAUAAUAUGCAAAUUAUACUGUAACAUUUCAAUCAACACGAUUCAUCUUAUAACCAUUGAAAACUUCAUAUUGGAUAUUAAAUAUUACAGUAUUGCCAUUUUUUCUCCCAAAUGUGAAGUGUGGAUUGUUUGGUUUGUAGUUUCUAUCAUUAACAUUCUCUUAUUCUUUGUGUGCUAUGUGUACUAUUUUUGUAUUUACUGGCCUUAGCAUAGAAUUAUUUUGAAAAGUUAAUUAUCAAAAGAAUUUUCAUCUCUUUUACAGUGGGUGGAUGUAUACACCUACCUGCUGUGACCUGCAGUUUCAGUGGUAUAAGAUUAGGAGGGCUACUGGCUUCCUUACCUUCUUUGUCCCAAAGAUUUAAGCUAUGUACAUUGUAUACAGUGCUCAUGUCCAGUUUUGACUUCUGAGCUGAAAAUAUUUACUAAAAAAAAAAAAA